AAAAAAAGGGGGGGGGAAGUGCCCACGACCCGAUGAGGCCAUCGUGAGGAUUUAGCGCGAUGAUGUGGUAAGAAAACAGCACGAAUCUGACCUAUAGCGACAGCCCAAUCGUGGUGGGAGGGGGUGGUUAUCAGCUCAGAGAAGGGGAAACUUUCCGCUGCGCAGCUCCUGGGUUUGGUUUCUUUGGCUCCCGGGACGUGGGCGUAUCGCGUCCGUUUUACAGUCGCAGCCACUGCAGUGGGCAUCAUGGCCGUGGAUGUCGCAGAAUACCACCUGAGCGUCAUCAAGAGUCCUCCUGGCUGGGAGGUGGGUGUCUACGCUGCAGGGGCCCUGGCACUGCUGGGAAUCGCAGCUGUGAGCCUGUGGAAGCUCUGGACUUCGGGAAGCUUCCCCAGCCCCUCCCCGUUCCCAAAUUACGACUACAGGUAUCUUCAGCAGAAGUAUGGCGAAAGCGUUGCAGAGGCCAGGCAGAAGAGAGUGCCUGCCUGGAACGCCCAGCGGGCCAGCACACGGGGACCACCCAGCCGCAAAGGCAGCCUCAGCAUCGAAGACACCUUCGAGAGCAUCAGUGAGCUGGGACCCCUGGAGCUGAUGGGCCGGGAGUUGGACCUGGCCCCCUACGGGGCCCUCCGGAAGUCCCAGUCGGCCGACUCCCUGAACUCUGUCUCCUCUGUGAGCAACACCUUUGGGCAGGACUUCACGCUGGGCCAGGUGGAGGUGAGCAUGGACUACGACGCCGCCUCCCACACCCUGCACGUGGCCGUGCUGCAGGGCAAGGACCUCCUGGAGCGCGAGGAGGCCAGCUUCGAGUCCUGCUUCAUGCGUGUCAGCCUGCUGCCCGACGAGCAGAUUGUGGGCAUCUCCCGGAUCCAGAGGAAUGCCUACCCCAUCUUCUUCGAUGAGAAGUUCUCCAUCCCCCUGGACCCCACAGCGCUGGAAGAGACAAGCCUGCGAUUCUCCGUGUUCGGCAUCAAUGAAGACGAGCGGAACGUCAGCACCGGCGUGGUGGAGCUGAAGCUCUCUGUGCUGGACCUCACGCUGCAGCCCUUCAGCGGCUGGCUCUACUUACAGGACCCGAACAAGGCCGCCGACGCUGUGGGAGAGAUCCUCCUGUGUCUCAGCUACCUCCCCACAGCCGAGCGCCUCACCGUGGUCGUGGUCAAGGCCAAGAAUCUCAUCUGGACCAAUGACAAGACCACAGCGGACCCCUUCGUCAAGGUAUACCUGCUGCAGGAUGGAAGGAAGAUGAGCAAAAAGAAGACGGCUGUGAAGAGAGACGACCCCAACCCGGUGUUCAACGAAGCCAUGAUCUUCUCCGUGCCGGCCAUCGUCCUCCAGGACCUGUCUCUCCGCGUGACGGUGGCUGAGAGCAGCAGCGAUGGCCGUGGGGACAACGUGGGCCACGUCAUCAUCGGGCCAUCGGCCAGCGGCAUGGGCACCACACACUGGAACCAGAUGCUGGCCACGCUUCGCAGGCCCGUGUCCAUGUGGCACGCUGUCCGGCGAAACUAGCAGCCGGGCCGGGCCGGGUGGGCAGUGGAGUUGCUGGAACCUCGUGCCAGCUCAGUCCUCUCCGACGCCCUCUCCACAGCCCCGCAGAAGCCGUGAACACCGGGGUCUCCCAAGGGAGUCCUCAAGAGCCAUCUCAGUCCCUCUGUCUGAUGGCUGCAGAGAAGCGGGCGUGGCUCCGUGUCCAGGGCCCCGGGGCUUGCUCCUGCUGGGGACCAGCUGUAGCCAGACCAGGACCCAGG